AUGUCCGCCGCCGCAUCCCAACCCGAUCCGUCGUCUGGAUCCAUCGACCCCCUCUUCCACGCCGUCCGGAUCCUCCCGUUCUCCUUCCUCCGCCCCCCGCGCCUCCGCCUGAAGCUGCCCAGCUUCACCCUCCCUUCUCCAAUGACAGUCUACGCCCUCAUCCUCCUCACCUACUUCAUGGUCGUCUCGGGAAUCGUCUACGACGUCAUCGUCGAGCCACCCGGCAUCGGAUCCACGCAGGAUCCGUACACCGGGGCCGUCCGGCCCGUCGUCUUCCUCCAGGGCCGGGUCAACGGGCAGUACAUCAUCGAGGGCCUCUCGUCCGGAUUCAUGUUCGUGCUCGGCGGGCUUGGGAUCGUGAUGCUGGACCUGGCGCUUGACAAGAAUCGGGCCAAGAGUGUCAAGGUAUCGUAUGCCACGGCCGGGGUCACGUUCGUCGUGAUCUCUUAUGUUAUGAGUAUGCUCUUUGUUCGCAUUAAGAUACCUGGUUAUCUUCGCUGA